CACAGCUCCCGCAAACUGCACUUUACAUCACCAGUCCUCUCGCCCUCUAACUAUAUUUUGAAGAAAGAACGUCCUUUUUGUCUGCUGAGCUCAAUGCGCUCGCGGAAUAUAUCUCCCCGAUAACCGGGCUGAAACGCUGCCAUGUAUCGUCGUGGAGACCCUCGCUGGAACCGGACAAUACAGCACAUCACCGACAAUAUCGAACAUGCGAACGAGUCUGCGCAAGAGGGUAUCUGGACCUUUACGCACGAUUAUCUGAAUCCGUGUUUUGCUUCUUUUACCCAGUGUUUGAACGACUGUACGACACCCUGCUUUCCGUCGCGCGAUGACCGCCGAAGGCGUGGACGGGGCAGAGGGAGGGCGGAGAUGAGUUUUGACUUUUAUGAUGACUGGGAGGAAGAGGAUAAUGAUGGACUCUUAGGCUGGGGUAAUGAUGAGCUGGAUAGAUUGCUGGCCGGGUCGAGCAGCUAUGGAGGGGUAACCCAGCCUGAUCGGCAGCGGGCAAUGAAUUAUGGGACUCGGAAUCGCGACGCAAGAUAUAAUACCGCGAGGAGGAAAAGCGCAGUACAGCCUCAUGACGGUGGGCCGGAUCCGACCAUCAUACCAAGCUCUUCAUACUUUGGAUUCUUGGGAAGGCUGCCUUUUAAGAUUGGCGGGAAAGUGUUGAGAUAUAAGCCCUCGGCUGCCGACCUCACUGAACAUCCGGGGCAGUCGAGAAGGAGUCAAGAGGAGCAGCAUCCCUUGAUUGAAGACAGCGACGAGGAUAGUAUCAGGGCGGGCGAGAGAAAAGGGCAUCGGCGGCAGAGGAGCCAGACGAGUGGAUCUGGCCAUACAACGGAUUCCCUCAGCUCAAGAGGCGAUAUAUUCCCUAGCGAAGAUGAGGACGAUGCCGUUCCUCUGGAUGAUGAAUUCACACUUGCGCUGGAGCGCCGCGCAACAGGCCGAGGUCUCGAUGACACUAGCAGUGGGAAGACGCGCGCAGGAAGCAACAGACCCUCCAGAUCGCAUGUGUCCACUCGAACAGCAUCGUCACGGAACACGCAUGAUUCUGGAAAGAGAAGUACCGACGACGCAAACAUGAAGCGCUCGGCAUCCUCAACUAUAAAAGAAGUCCCAACCCUCUCGGAUCUUAAGCAGGAAGAAGAACGUGUGCGAAUAGAAGAAGAACGCGAAAUCGAGCGCAAACGACAAGACGCCCAACAACUCGCCUUAAAACGCGGUCUAGCAUCCGACCUCUCUCAAUCCCUCCAUCUCCAAACAUCCUCUGCAAUCGACAACUCCAACGCCGCCACCAAGCUCCCCCGCUCUUCCUCAUCCCCCCACCUCCCCGCGCAAAUGUCAUCACUCCAAACCUCCACGUCCCCGUUGCUUCGAUCCCCCGCGAUGGAACCAGCCGUCGACGCAGUCCCGUUUCCGGCGUUUGAUCCUCAGACUGCGCCGGAUAGUAGCUCGUUCCAUGUUGAUGAGAGCGAUUAUUCGAGUCUUGCGCCUACCCCGAAUAGGCCGCUGAGUUUGAGGGACGAGGCUAGGGACGUGCAGGUUGAGUCAGGGUUUGUGCCGGCGAUGUUGCCGCAUUUCAACACGCAGCCGGAUUGAAAGCUAGAUGGGGAUUGUGGGUUUUGAGCUUAGGAUUGGGGUCUUACUACUGUCAACCAUGCUGUGGAAUAAUGUGGAAGUUGGUGAUGAGACUUCUCACGAAUGGUAGAGAGAACAGAGACACUCAAAGUGGGGAAAGAGGUCCAGAUGUGCCAAAUCCUUACCCAUGACGUCACGGGUCAAAGCUUGGAGAGAGCUUGCGCUAUUAUUUCCUACGACGGCGGUUAGAGGAGGCGGGCUUUUUCACGAAGGGCAAGGGCAAGGCAUGCAUGAGAGGCCAUCAUUUUGGCAGAGAUUCUUGGACGUCCAACCAUCGCAUGGUUUGACCGCAUCUUCGCAUAUGCUCAGAAUCUACAUAGACUACGAGUGGGAUAGACA